CUGCGCAUCACGAAGUAAAAUCAUAUGAUCGAUUGGUGGUAGUGAAAGUUUCAGACGACGGGCAGAAGGCACACACACUGCAAGCACGGUAGUACGUGAAUUCCUUCGGAACUAUUGAAUUUCUAUUUCGAUUUUGUGGCAAGUGAGACAAAUCAGUCAAGAUGGCUUUGAGCGAUGCUGAUGUACAGAAACAGAUCAAACAUAUGAUGGCAUUCAUUGAGCAGGAGGCCAAUGAAAAAGCCGAGGAGAUCGAUGCCAAAGCCGAAGAAGAGUUCAAUAUUGAGAAGGGACGUCUCGUCCAACAACAGCGUCUCAAGAUUAUGGAGUACUACGAGAAAAAGGAGAAGCAAGUUGAGCUGCAGAAGAAAAUCCAAUCCUCAAACAUGCUCAAUCAAGCUCGCUUGAAGGUGCUCAAAGUGCGCGAGGAUCAUGUUGGCAGUGUGCUGGAUGAUGCACGCAAACGUCUCGGCGAAGUCACCCAGAACGAAUCCGAAUACAAGACCGUUCUUGAGAAACUAAUUGUCCAAGGCCUGUAUCAGGUAAUGGAACCUAAAGUAACCCUACGCUGCCGUCAAGUCGAUGUGCCCCUUGUUAGGGCAGUAAUCCCUUCAGCUAUUGAGCAGUACAAAGCCGCAAUGAGACAGGAUGUUGAGUUUUAUAUCGACGAAAAGGAGUAUCUUUCACCCAAUACCUGUGGUGGUGUUGAGCUGUUGGCUUUGAAUGGACGCAUCAAGGUGCCAAAUACCCUGGAGUCCAGAUUAGAAUUGAUUUCACAGCAGCUUGUGCCAGAAAUCCGUAACGCCCUGUUCGGACGCAAUGUUAAUCGCAAAUUCACCGAUUAAAAAUUUUCUUUAAGUGAAAAAAACAGAACAGUUCAAGCUUAUAACAACAACAAGAAAAAAAACAACCACUUAAUAAUGGAAGAAGAAAA